AUGGCGCCCAUAUCACAGCUUCUCCCACCAGUUGCCAGCUUGUCCGGUGUCGGCUUGCUUGCGCUGGGGUCAGUGGCACUGCUGUAUAUCAUCAGCCGACUAUUUCUCAGCAUCCCUUACCCCAAGGGCAUCCCGCUCAUUGGCGAGCCUGAUGGUGCCACACGAUUCAGCAUCCGCACGUAUUUGCGGUUCUAUACCGAUUGCCAGGGUCUGUUCCGUGAGGCCUACGAUAACUAUACCAAGAAGGGAAAGCCGGUAAUCAUUCCAGGCAUCGGUUUCCGCCAUGAGGUCAUUAUGCCCACGAGCUCGAUGCGAUGGGUUCAGACACAGCCGGAAAGCCAGCUCGAUCCCAGCACCGCUUUUGCAGAGGUUGAUCAGGUUCAUUGGGCUCUUGGCCACGACCGAUAUGUGGUGGAUGCGUGGCAAGGCCACCUGGUCAAGACCGAGAUGAAUGCGAUCCUGGAGAACAUUUGCGCCGCCAUGAACGAGGAGCUCGGUACUGCCUUUGACAAGUGGUUCGGGACCAAUCCGGAGUGGAAGGAAAUCGACCUAUUUGAGUCGUUGAAAAUGGUCGUUGCGCAGGCUGCGAGCCGCUUCACCAUCGGCCCAGGCCUGGGCCUUUAUAGGUACCCUCCAUAUAGACGGCUGCACAGAGACAUCAAGCUGACGGAAAGUAGGUCGUAA